AUGGGACGUCUCUUUAAAAACUUAAUAUGGCUAUGUUAUGUCUUAUCAUUGGCCUUGUUGAUUACAGCUUCGACGGAGCGAUCUCAGCAGGCCGAUGGAAAUGAGCUCACUAUCUCCAACUUUAAAUUGGCCGUGACUACCAAGGAUUCCACUAAAAAGUUUUAUAAGAGCGUUGACUAUCCCUCGUCACUCGACGAACCAAUCCCUCUAUCUCAGGGAGACGAUCUUAAGAUGAUAUUCAUUAUCCAAGAUAAACAAACAGAAAAGGGUUUUCUUCCACAUCAAACUUUUGCGGUGCUGACUUCGGAGAAAACGGGAGAUCAGAUAACUCUAAUUGUGCAAGUCAGAGACAACGGAAAAUCCAAGUUUGAAUUGGAUAUGAACUCAGCACCUAAAGAACUUACUUCAUCACCGGGGAAUUAUUCUUUCGAUCUUAUCAUCGGAACGUUUUCCCACAAUCAUCCAAUUAAAUAUCACAUUGGGACUAUAGAAAUUGAUGUACCAUCUACUUCGCCCAAACCCGCACCAGUUGUGUACGGUCCGAAACCAGAGAUCUCGCAUAUAUUCAGACCCGAUGAAAAAUUACCUCCAAUAUGGCUAUCAUCCGCUUUUGUCUUGAUUAUAUUGACGCCUUGGAUAUUUUUGAUUGGAGCCUGGAUGCAUCUGCGUGUGAACGUUUCAUUAAUCACAAAGAUGCCCAGUUUGCCAUUGUCCUCACUACUUUUCCUAAGCUCAAUCAUUGCUAUUGAAGUUUUAUUUUACAAGUAUUGGACAUGUUUAAAUAUUUUCCAAACAUUAUCUUUUUUAACCGGAUUGGGAAUUCUGGCCUUCUUCACUGGAAAAAGGGCGCUUAGUAGUGUCCAAGAAUCAAGAAUUCUGGGAAUCCGAUAA